AUGGUGCGGCCUUCUUCUUAUCUGUUGCCCUUUCUAUGUUCGUUCUGUUUAUCUCUUUUUUGGCUGUGAGGUGACGACGAAGUUUUUUUUCUUUUCCCCGUUGUUUUCUGCAGGCAGAUUCGCCCCGACGAAGGUAAAUCCUUAUGUACUUGCCUUGAUAAGUUAUUUUUGUUCGGUUUUUCUUCAUGAUGCGUGUCUUCUGCCGGCAUAGAGGAUCUCGUUCUCUUCCUGAAAGCGGGAUCGACGAAGAAGGAUACUUUUUCCUAUGUCAGAUAUUGGGCUUGAUCUAUUCAUGGGGGACGCAUGGCGGACUUGGGAAUAGGACCAGAGGAUCAGUAGUAAUAGGGCAACUCACCGUUGAGUAAAGCACUCAUAAUAAUUGUUAAGAGUUUGAGAACUAGUAAACGCAUCUCGCCACCUAAGCCGAGGACAGAAACGGGGCGCAGGAUACCCAGUUGACGCUUAUUAUUUUCUAAAUUGGUUUUUUUUGGCAAUCUAAAUUCCUAUAUACAAAUCUGUGUGAAUGUUGCCGCCCAUGAAUAACUGGGAGAGUAUCAUGCUGGUCUUGGAUUUAGCAUCUGUUUAAGAUGUUGUUCUUCACUUUAGGACUUUGGUACUUAUUAUUUCAUACAUGAACAAUGAUGUUGCCUUGAAAAGCAGGGUAAUUAUGUUUAAAUAAGUUUAUGAUGCAAUUCUGUUAUGGUCCGAAAUCUGUUUAAAUUUUUUGAAUCCAAUUAUAAGUUCCUAGUUUUUUUUUCCUCUCCUGUUCCUUCCCGUUGGUGUCUAGUAAAAUCGAAAUCCCUCCAAUACACCUAUUCCUGUACUUGUGUCAUAUUUUUAUUGAUAUUUUUAAAAAAAUUAUCAUGCUUGUUUUUAUACCUAUGAAUCAGCAGAUUGAUAUUUGUAAAAAUCCUUGGGUAAAUAUGUCAAAGAUGGUCAAGACUUGCAAGAGACUAAAUGGGGAGGGUUUUAAGCAGUAAAUCUUAAUCUGUGUAGACAAUUGAGGCUACAGCUCUGUAGAACCCUACUUGGAUGACAUAGCUUGGGUACUUGUCCUUGUAAUGAUGUAUAACCUCACAUCAUCUUGCCAAGAGACUCGAGGCGGUGGAUAUAUAUAUCAAAGAUGACGCUGUUUUGACUGUACAGGAGAUGGCAAGGAAACCAGAUCCUGGACAAAUGUCUUUGUCAAGUCCUACCUUUGUCCACUUAAAACAUGGAAAGCAUGUAACUAAACUACUCCAGGAAGGUCGUAAAACUUAAUGCUUCUCAUAUCAUUGUUACAAAACACCCAUUUCCAGUGCUUCCUUCCUUGCUUGAAAAGGGUUGUAUCUUUUUCUAACCUUAUUUUGCGAUCUUUUGCGUGCACAAUAUUUUGUGUCAUUUUAUCAUUAUUAUAAAUUUGUCUCAGGCCCAGUUCCGCCUCCCCUAACAAGGGUCGUCCAAGAUCCCCAUCACCUUUGGGAUCGCCAUCAAGGUCUAGGGCAAGGGCACGGUCCAAAUCCCGAUCUCGAUCACGUUCAAGAUCUGGAAGCCGUGGGAGGUUUGUUUCAAGUCCAGUGCUAGCUUUAGCUUACUUGAUUUACUCCAGUAAGUGUGAUAUUGAUCAGUAGAUGAUAUGUAUUUCUCUCCUUGACUCAAUUCGGCAGGAAUGAAACAUUGAACCCGGGAAAUACUCUGUAUGUGACUGGUUUGUCCACCAGAGUCACAGAAAGGGACCUUGAAGAUCACUUCUCCAAGGAGGGAAAGGUUACUAUAUUUGGUGAAAAUGUGCCUUGCUUCAGUUUAUCACCCCGGAUGGGGAACGGAAGCCUUACCUGUACUUGGGUGGUUUUUUUUUUUUUUUGUUUUUUGUUUUUUUGGUGCAGGUUGCACGAUGCUUUUUGGUUGUUGAACCCCGCACACGCAUCUCCCGAGGUUUUGCUUUUGUAACCAUGGACAGUGUUGAGGAUGCAGAUCUGUGUGUCAAAUAUCUCAACCAGUCAGUGUUGCAGGGACGCUACAUAACUGUGGAGAAGGUAUCAUCUGAUCCAGCUUUACUGUAAAGAUGCUUUGUAUUUAGGUCUUCCAUGUGGUCUCCUUUUUUAACUGAGGUUUCUGGUGAUAUUCAGAAGACAAUUGCGUCAGCUUUGUUGGCAGCAAUCGAGAUGAAUGGCACCGUUCAUCCAAUUUCAACUUAUAAGUUCAUACAGCUUGAUGAAUGGUCUCCAGCCUAACAGUUAUUUCAUGCAUCACAUCAGCCAUACAUAGCAAACUUUGCCCAACUAAACAACCUCAGCACUCACCUUCAACUCUCUGAACAACUAAUCAACGGACAUUACCAAUGUGGUUUCUCCUACGUAGGGAGGUUUGAUCUGGUAGUGCUGCUACAUAUAUAUAAGUAAACUUUUGCCAAGAUGUUAAAACCCAUGCUGCUCUGUUGCCUUUUCUGUCUAACCGGGGUUACCCCCCUCCCUUCCUUUGUGUUCUGUUCUUACUGAUGCUUUAGCCAACUCUUACUGAUACUGCUCGUUUCUGAUGCUCUGCUGGAAGCUAUUGAAGUUGGUUUUUGGACAUUUCCAAAUCAGUUUUUUGCUAAUUUCAGUCGAGGAGGAAACGCCCCCGGACUCCUACUCCAGGGAAUUAUCUUGGCCUGAAGAGCACCCGCGAGACCAGUGAGUUUUGUUUCUUGCUACUAAAUAAGCACACCGCCGCUUAUAUUUAUUGCUCCCUAACUCUGGUUUUAUCCCUUGCAGGCUUCCGUCAUGAUCGGGGCAGGCCCCGUGGGGGCGGUGGACGUGACGAGUUUGGUGGUGGGGGCAGCUACCAAAGACGAUCGCCAUACAGAGGCGGCCGUGAUUACUCCCCUCGACGAUCCCCCUACUACGGCGGCGGCGGCGGCGGCGGUGGCGGUGGCGGUGGGUCAAGGAGAGAACGCUCACCCUACUCUCCAUACAGGAGCCCAGACAGAGGCUAUGGACGCCGUCCACAAAUGUAUGGGCGAUGA